AUGCCUGUUGAGAUAAGCUUCGGAAUACUUACUGUCAGCGACAGCAGUUAUGCGGGUAAAGGCAAUGAUUCAUCAAGUCCUGAAUUAAAAGAAGAAAUAUUAAAGGAGUUUCCAUCUGCCGAAAUAAGCGCAAUAAAAAUCGUACCAGACGAUUUGCAGGAAAUUAAAUCGACUCUUACAGAAUGGUUCGACUUGAAAAUCAACGUAAUAUUCACAACAGGCAAUCUACCAGACAUGAUCUUUGCUAUGAUUAUCAGUAGCUUGAAGAUCAAUCCAAUGGCGAUGCUCUCCAGACCCUUGAGCUAUAUUAAAGACAACACGAUGAUAGUAAAUCUGCCGGGAAGCCCCGAAAUGAUUUCGGAAUGCUUCGGUAUCAUCAAGGAAGCCUUACCCCGCGCUUUGGAGCUCCUAACACAACAAAAAAAAUCUGUGGUUUCUGGUCACGAAGCCAUGCAAAGCGACUCAGGAGCAUCCGUUGUCCCAACCACCAGCCCUAGUAAGGUGAAACUGGCUUCAUUAAGAAAAUACCGCUACCCUAUUAUCGAUGUUGAAUAUGCUUCUGAUUAUUAAGAAUAUUUGUUUUGAUAAAGAGGAAAUCACAGAAACGGUGCCUUUGGAGAGAUCGCUUAAUCGAAUUGUAGCAGAAGAUAUUCAUGCUGAAGAAUCGAUUCCUUCAUUUGCAACUUCGAUUAUAGAUGGUUACGCUGUUAAAAAGAGCGAUGGCAAAGGAAUACGUGUUGUAAAGAAUGUCACAACUGCAGAAGAUAAGUCAAUCGAUAAGGUUCUGCAGUCAGGCGAAGCGAAAACAAUAUCGAUGGGAGAUCCAAUUCCUGCGGAAGCAGACGCAGUGGUACCAUUGGAAGAUACAUCAGUUGUUGAAUAUUCGAUUGAUGGUUCUGAAGUAAUUAAGGUUGAAAUCAAAAGAGCACCCAACUAUAAUGAAAACAUAAGAAUAAUCGGAAGCGACGUAUCGAAGAAUUCUUUGGUUUUAAAAAAAGGCGAACGUAUCAAACAUUUCUCUCUUGGAGUUUUAGCCAUGUUAGGAAAAACAAAUAUUUUGGUUUAUAAACGCCCUUCUAUAGGAGUCAUAUCAAUUGGCAAUUAUAAUUGUGAACCUAAAGAAAAACUAGCCCCUGGCAAAAUCAGAGAUGCAAAUAGAUUCACCUUAAUUAAUUUGCUUAAAAAUUACCGUUAUAAAUCAAACGAUUGUGGUAUAGCUAAAGACAAUCCUGAUGCAAUAAAGCAAGCUCUUGAACAAAGUUUUACUCGUAACGAUGUUAUUAUAACGAACAGUUCAAUGGGAGAAGUGGACAUGUUGAAACGGGUCCUCGUUGAGGAUUUUCAAGCUACUAUACAUUUUUCCAGAGUAAACAUGAAACCCGGAAAAUACACGACCUUUGCGACACUUAUGUAUAAUGAAACAUGGAAAAUGGUGUUUGGCAUAACGGGUAAUCCAUUUUCCUGUGCAAUUACUUGUGUAUUAUUCGUUAUUCCUGCUCUACGCUUAAUGGAAAAAUCUCUCUACGAACGUUUUGUACCUAUUUCUGUGCCACCAAAUUCAUUUAAUAUACGUUCGUUACCAUAUAAUAAUGAUGAUUGUCUAGAGUAUCGACUAGUUAAAGUAAAUAGGACUUUGACAACUGCAAAGGAAGUACCAAGGAUUUUUAUUAUGCCUGUUCAGAUAAGUUUCGGAAUACUUACUGGUAAGUACGACAGCAGUUAUGCGGAUAAGGGCAAUGUUUUGUCAAGUCCUAAAUUAAUAGAAGAAAUAUUAAAGGAGUUUCCAUCUGCCGAAAUAAGCGCAAUAAAAAUCGUACCAGACGAUUUGCAGGAAAUUAAAUCGACUCUAACAGAAUGGUUCGACUUGAAAAUCAACGUAAUAUUCACAACAGGCAAUCUACCAGACAUGAUCUUCGCUAUGAUCACCAGUAGCUUGAAGAUCAUUCCAAUUGCGAUGCUCUCCAGACCCUUGAGCGGUAUUAGAGACAACACGAUGAUAGUAAAUCUGCCGGGAAGCCCUGAAAUGGUUUCGGAAUGCUUCGGUAUCAUCAAGGAAGCCUUACCCCGCGCUUUGGAGCUCCUAACAGAACAAAAAAAAUCAGUGGUUUCUGGUCACGAAGCCAUUCUGAGCGACUCAGGAGCAUCCGUUGUCCCAACCACCAGCUCCAGUAAGGUACUAUUGAGCGGUAUUAGAGACAACACGAUGAUAGUAAAUCUGCCGGGAAGCCCCGAAAUGGUUUCGGAAUGCUUAGGUAUCAUCAAGGAAGCUUUACCCCGCGCUUUGGAGCUCCUAACAGAACAAAAAAAAUCAGUGGUUUCUGGUCACGGCGCCAUUCUGAGCGACUCAGGAGCAUCCGUUGUCCCAACCACCAGCUCCAGUAAGGUGAAACUGGCUCCAUUAAGAAAAUACCGCUACCCUAUUAUCGAUGUUGAAUUUGCUUCUGAUUGUAUUAAGGAUGUUUGUUCUGAUAAAGAGGUAACCACAGAAACGGUGCCUUUGGAGAGAUCGCUUAAUCGAAUUGUAGCAGAAGAUAUUCAUGCUGAAGAAUCGAUUCCUUCAUUUCCAACUUCGUUUAUAGAUGGUUACGCAGUUAAAUCGAGCAAUGGCAAAGGAAUACGUGUUGUGAAGAAUGUCGCAACUGCAGGAGAUAAGCAGCCAAUCGAUGAAGUUCUGCAGUCAGGCGAAGCGAUAAGAAUAUCGAUGGGAGAACCAAUUCCUGCGGGAGCAGACGCAGUGGUACCAUUGGAAGAUACUUCAGUUGUUGAAUAUUCGAUUGAUGGUUCUGAAGUAAUUAAGGUGAAAAUCAAAAGAGCACCCAACUAUAAUGAAAACAUAAGAAUAAUCGGAAGCGACGUAUCGAAGAAUUCUUUGGUUUUAAAAAAAGGCGAACGUAUCAAACAUUUCUCUCUUGGAGUUUUAGCCAUGUUAGGAAAAACAAAUAUUUUGGUUUAUAAACGCCCUUCUAUAGGAGUCAUAUCAAUUGGCAAUUAUAUUUGUGAACCUAAAGAAAAACUAGCCCCUGGCAAAAUCAGAGAUGCAAAUAGAUUCACCUUAAUUAAUUUGCUUAAAAAUUACCGUUAUAAAUCAAACGAUUGUGGUAUAGCUAAAGACAAUCCUGAUGCAAUAAAGCAAGCUCUUGAACAAAGUUUUACUUGUAACGAUGUUAUUAUUAUAAGCAGUGCAAUGGGAGAAUUGGACAUGUUGAAACGGGUCCUCGUUGAGGAUUUUCAAGCUACUAUACAUUUUUGCAGGAUAAAGAUGAAACCCGGAAAAUACACGACCUUUGCGACACUUAUGUAUAAUGAAACAUGGAAAAUGGUGUUUGGCAUAACGGGUUAUCCAUCUUCCUGUGCAAUAACUUGUAUAUUAUUCGUUAUUCGUGCCCUACGCUUAAUGGAAAAAUCUCCCUACGACGGUUUUGUACCUAUUUCUGUGCCACCAAAUUCAUUUAAUAUACGUCCGUUACCAUAUAAUAAUGAUGAUUGUCCAGAGUAUCGACUAGUUAAAGUAAAUAGGACUUUGACUGGAAUGACAACUGCAGAGGAUGUAUCAAGGUUAUUAAGUAAUUUAGAUAAAGCAAACGGUUUACUUAUAAUUGAGCCAAAAAAAAAAUACUCAAGUAAAGAUUCAAAUGGAGACUAUCUCUAUAGUUACAAUGUAAUAUUAUUUCAUGAGAAUUAUUAUCAGUGA